UUUGCUGUAACUUUGUAGGAGAAGAGAAGACCCCAGGAGGAGGAGGUUUAUGUGUAUUGGAGUUUCGCCAGACUAUCAGAGAGAGAGAGAGAGAGAGAAUCCAUGAACGACUGGAACAAUGAAGGGAAUCUCUUUCCUAGAGAUAGAGAGGCUGAUGGGAUUUGCGGAGCCGUGGACACACUUGAGGGCUUUCGGUCGCGUGACACAACUGGAAACCGGGUCACACGCAUGGAUGUUAAUUGCAAUAGCCGAUUUCAUCCUUCCAUCCCCGAUACUAAAGGUAGAGGGUAGUUGCCAAUUUUCGAUGCCUCCGAGACGUGGAAUCCCCCGCAUGCUUGCCAUUGGCGGUUCGAUCUUCUUUGUCGGGAAACUUGGCAUUUCUGCCGAUAACGAAACGAAGUUCGUCGAAGACUAUAGAGGGGGAUGGAUUCCUUAG